CUGAGGCCUGGGGAAGCCUCUCCCACACAGCAGCUUGGGUGCCGGCGCUUGCUCUCCAGCUGUUCUUAGGCCGGCGGCAAGGGUCCGGACGGCGCGACCGAUUACCGUUCCCGCACACCCGGCCUGCCGUCCUCGCCGAGUCGGUUGGUGCUCCCGUCGGGCCGGCAGCCUAGCUAGUAGCUUCCCCCGCCACGUCCCCGCUCUCGGCCCGCGCACGGCGUGGCUGCCACCGACCUCUCGGAACCCAGUGCGAUGUGGGCUCCCGGCUUCGGACCCGCGCGGAUUCCCCAGCGCCGGCGCCCGGGGCCGCUGUCGUCCUCCGUUUGGCUGCUGCUGCUGUUCCUGCUGGCGGCCGUGGGGCCGGUGCGCGCCUGGGAGAGCGGAGACCUGGAGUUGUUCGACUUGGUGGAAGAGGUGCAGCUCAACUUCUACGAGUUCCUCGGGGUGCAGCAGGAUGCUUCAUCUGCAGACAUCAGAAAAGCAUAUCGUAAGCUUUCACUAACCUUACAUCCAGACAAGAAUAAAGAUGAAAAUGCAGAAACUCAGUUUAGACAAUUGGUGGCCAUUUAUGAAGUUUUAAAGGAUGAUGAAAGAAGGCAGAGGUAUGAUGAUAUUCUGAUCAAUGGACUUCCAGAUUGGCGACAGCCAGUAUUCUACUACAGGCGAGUGAGAAAAAUGAGCGAUACUGAGCUGGCAUUACUCCUGUUCAUUAUUCUCACAGUGGGUCAUUAUGCUGUGGUUUGGUCAAUCUACCUGGAAAAACAACUGGAUGAGCUGCUUGGUAGAAAAAAGAGAGAAAAGAAGAAGAAGACAGGAAGCAAGAGUAUGGAUGCCGCAAAACUUGGUGCUUCUGAAAAAAAUGAAAGAUUGCUAGUAAAACCACAAUGGCAUGAUUUGCUUCCAUGCAAACUGGGAAUUUGGUUUUGCCUUACACUAAAAGCAUUGCCUCAUCUAAUCCAGGAUGCUGGGCAGUUUUAUGCAAAAUACAAGGAGACAAAAUUGAAGGAAAAAGAAGAUGCCCUGGCUAGAAUUGAAAUUGAAACACUUCAAAAACAGAAGAAAGUUAAAGUUAAAAAAACGAAACCAGAAUUUCCUGUAUAUAUGCCUUUAGAAAAUACGUAUAUUCAGUCUUAUGAUCAUGGGACUUCUAUUGAAAAAAUAGAGAAGCAAAUUGACGAUUGGCUGGAAACCAGGAGCAGAACACAGAAAAAAACGGCACCUGAAUGGACAGAAGAGGACCUCAACCAGCUGACAAGAACUAUGGUUAAGUUCCCAGGAGGGACCCCAGGUCGAUGGGAAAAGAUUGCCCAUGAAUUGGGUCGAUCUGUGACAGAUGUGACGACCAAAGCCAAGGAACUGAAGGACUCAGUUACCUGCUCCCCAGGAAUGGUCAGGCUCUCGGAACUUAAGUCAAAUGUUCAGAAUUCCAGGCCAGUCAAGACAGCCACAACCUUGCCAGAUGAUAUCAUCACCCAGCGGGAGGACUCGGCAGGGGCCAUGGAGGAUGAGAGACAAGAGACUGCUGAGGGUGAGGAGGAGACAGUGGCCAUAGAAGCCCGGCUUCGGAGGCGAAAGUCAGCCAGAAUGGCUGAGGCAGUGACCAGAGUGGAGCCAGAGAAGAAACCAAGAGGAAAGAGGCAAAAAGACUUUGAUAUUUCAGAACAAAAUGAAUCCAGUGAUGAAGAGAACCAGAGAAAAGAAAGAACUCGAGCUACAGAGGAGGCCUGGACUCAGAGUCAGCAGAAACUUCUAGAACUGGCACUACAGCAGUACCCCAAAGGAGCCUCUGACCGCUGGGACAAAAUAGCCAAAUGUGUCCCAUCUAAGAGCAAGGAAGACUGUAUUGCUAGAUACAAGCUGCUGGUUGAACUGGUCCAAAAGAAAAAGCAAGCUAAAAGCUGAAGCUGCUGGAAGAUGAUUUUUCAUCAUCAUUUUCCAAAGGAGUACUUUAGAAAUCUCAUGCAGAAACUUGCAUUUUGUACCUCAGUAUUUCUAAACGUCAUGUGCCUUAGUUAAAAAAAAAAAAAUGAAUCAAUCAUAGAUGCUGUACG